AUGUAUGUCGGACUCGACCCUACACUCGGCUACAUACGGAAGAAAGACCAGGCCUGUACCGGCGGGCUGUUCAACAUCAGCGACCACGGCAACACGAGCCUGGCCACCUGUGCGCACCUCUGUACGGCCUCGGGAUCGUGCGGGGCGUUCGUGCACGUGCCGGGCGACUCCGACAACUCCUGCAGGCUCAAACGGUCCUGCCCGACACCGGCCAACCUCACCGGGGCGGAUCUGUACUUCAAACGGCCUCACCCCUGGCCGUACAGCGACGAUGAAGUUUGCAACGCCACCGCUGCUAACCGCACAGAGACAGUGUUCACUAUCGUCUGUCCUCCCGGCUGUGCGUCCGUCGCAGGACCAAUCUUUGGUGAUGGGAUGUACAGCACGAACUCGUCUGUGUGUAAAGCGGCUGUUCAUCACGGGUGGAUCAUGGACGAACUGGGAGGAGCCGUGACCGUUCGGAAGUUCAUCCUGGCCAGACUUGCUAAACCAAUUACGCACCACGGGGUGAGCGCUCUCGAUUUGGUUUACAAAGGCUGUGGCUCCGUGAUGACACUGGCCAGCCGAACGCAGUGGUUCUACAGCAACAGCCCGUUUGACGAGGACAGCGAGUGCAACCUCCACAUCAUCGACAAGCCCUGCGGGAUGAUCGCCCUGAAGUACGGAUUCAACCUCGCCGGCGGGGCCGAGUUGCAAUACCAUGCCGGCCCAAAGAAGAGGUACUUUGUGAGCAAAUUUACCAACACCGCUGUGGAUUGGCGGCAGUCUGGAUUGGUACCAGACGUCCACGAAGCGUACGUUGAUCUUUUCACUGGAUCUCAGGUCGAUGGACAACAUCUUCGGGUAAAGUGGGGACCUUCGGCGUCAAGCAGGUUGUGCGGCACAGGCUAAAGUUAUCAGCCGCACGUUUACGCCGACGCUCGCCCCUGGAUGGACCUGGAUUUCGGUCGGGAGAUGUACGUGGCCGCGAUAGAGACAUCGGGCGACGUGAGCACCAACUCCUACACUAAAGCGUACAGUCUUCAGACAAGUGCCGACGGGGCGGUGUACAACAACCAUGGAGCCGGCUCUGAGCCGUGUACACGUGUUAAGGUGUAUCAAGCCAACACUGAACCGAGAACAACUGUCCGCACCUUUAUAGAACCACGCAUUUCCACGAGGUACCUGCGAGCCAUUCCGGUCGCCUGGUUCGGCCGCCCGACACUGACCCUGGGCGUGCUCGGAUGUGAAAGUGCGCUGAUCGCUGCGAGGCACCCGGGUACUGUUUUGGGAGUGUUCAACCAUAGAGGCAGCUUUGAUUUCCCCGCUGCUCACCAUCACUGUUCAAAGUUCCACAGCAGGAUGGCGUCAUACAGCGAGCUUCUCGCCGCGUUUUACGCCGGCAUGUCAGAAACUCCAGUUUCAUGGCUGACCGACCGGACUGCCAGAUACAUCCUCGAUAGACUCAUUGUUUACUCGUUUACUCGAAACACAGGAAUAAUCAGCUGGGGUGUUCGACCUUCCUCAAUCACAUUUAGCGCGUAUUGUAUGCAGCCUAUGUCAGAAACUGGAACAAACAUCGCGCUGGGGAAGAGGACACAUCAGUCGACCUCAAGUGACGUGGACGGUCCCUCGUGGCACGGCAAUGACGGCGUCAGAACCACGAGCGGCUGCGGCGGCGAGAACGGCGGCACGUGCGUCAAAACAGCGAACGCUUCUAGUCAAGGUUGUCCAGACGGGUACGUUUACCAUUUACCUACACUCUGGUGCUACAAGGCCUUCGACGACGUAACAAGCUACAGCGGCGCAGUCAGUAGGUGUUCUUUAGACGGGGGAACCCUCGCCAUGCCCCGCGACGCUGCAACCAACAGCUUCCUCAUCGAUCUGAAAAAUGCCGUUCACAACAACGCUUUGUUCCGUUUUGGACUGACUGAUCAGCACCAGGAGGGAGUUUUCAUGUGGGACGAUAACGUUCCUCUGGGCGACUUCAGAUUUUGGGGCCCAGGAAACCCCGACAACUAUCGUAACGAGGACUGUGUCGAGUACUUACCCGAAAGGUUGUUCAACAGAUGGAACGAUGGACCAUGUGCCCCGGGCAGCAGGAAGUUCAUUUGUCAAGUCUCAGGUUGCCCAGACGGGUACGUUUACCAUCAACCUAGUCUCUUGUGCUACAAGGCCUUCAACAACAGGACAACCUACAGCGGCGCAGUCAGUAGGUGUUCUUUAGACGGGGGAACCCUUGCCAUGCCCCGCGACGCUGCAACCAACAGCUUCCUCAUCGAUCUGAAAAAUGCCGUCGACACCAAUGCUUGGUUCCGUUUUGGACUGACUGAUGUCCACCAGGAGGGAGUUUGGAUGUGGGACGAUAACGUUCCUCUGUGCGCGGCCUUCAGACCUUGGGGCCAAGGAGAACCCAACAACAGUUAUGACGAGGACUGUGCCGAGUACGUUCCCGAAAACGGAUCGCCCGACAAAAAGAACACAUGGAACGAUGGACCGUGUACCAAUGCUGACAGGAAGUUUAUUUGUCAAGUGUCUCCAUCAGAAGUGCAUCCCUGGUGGUAUGUGGACUUAGACCGACAGUGGUCCAUCGACAGGGUGACUGUGGUCAAACCCGGCUCUGUCGACCUCAACCCCUUCUUCAUCCACAUCGGCGACCAUCGGCACGUGUCGGCGAACCCUCAAUGCGGGCAGAACCACAGCAUCGCCGUCAACCAGUCAGAACUAACCGUCUCGUGUGGAGGCCUGCGGGGUCGGUAUGUGGGGAUCCGUCUGGGAGAAGCGCGACUUCUGCAGUUCAGCGAACUCGAGGUUUACCCUGUCUCCGAUGAAGCAAAUAUCGGAGGAAUAAACGUCGCCGCUCUGUCCCGUGGCGGGCAGUGUGUGGACGCGUCACAAAACGCCGCUACCUGUGGCGGCAUCAUUGACGGUCAGCUGACGCCACGGCCGGGGCAGCUCGGCUGGCUGAGUUCGCAGGGGAUCGGCUCGUGGGUUCAGCUGAAGUUCGAUGGAUACUACUUCAUCAACCGAGCCAAGAUCGCACAGUCUACGUGGAUCACAGGCCAGAGUAGGACAAUCAGGCUGACGUUCAGUGACGGGUCCUAUGUAGACGUCAAACUCAGGAAGCGUGAGGGAAGUGACCAGUACGACGUGACGCAAGUUUACUACGACGAGUUCGUCUUCAAGACGACCAAGACAGACUCCGUGAAGAUGACUGUCCUCAGCGCGUAUACAGCUGCCUCCACCAGCGGCUUCAUUGAGGCACAAUUCAUCACGGCCUUUCCUGAAGAUAUUUACGUUACAGACUUUCAAUUGAUACCUGCACUCGCACGAUUCCGGCAACACAUCGGCAGGAGCUCACCAAGGCCGGUACUCGCCGAAGCAUGUCAUUUGUCUCUUGGCCAUUUGUCUCUUGCUGACUGCGCGAUCAAGUGUUUGGAGGAACCCGCGUUUUUCUGCCAGUCUUUCCAAUACAAGGCCGGUACAAAAAACUGCGAGAUGUUUGGAUGGGCGGCUCCUAAAGACGGAGUUGAACGACUGGUCACGGAUCCAAGCGUCUCAUAUUUCGAGAGGCAUUUCGAAACUUAUUUCCUCUUCAAAUGGACUCCACGAAUGACGUGCUCGUGUAUGUAUGCGGACGGCGUCACAAGUGUACCACAGAUUGGCCCCUGUUUGGCGCAACGUCCUCAAAAUCAUUGGCUGCACACCGCAGAAGGAACUCUUCGAAACGGAGAAACUUCACAGUGCCUUGAAGUUCUUCCCAACAACACGGUUGCCAUAGCUACCUGCUCACCAAUCAGAGAGUCCAUACUGUUUGACGUCAUUGAUGACGCGCUGAGCUGGAGGGUGUUGGGGAGAGAAGUUUGCUUUGCUAACAGGGAUGGCGUGCACGUGGUAGAACUGGUGAACUGCUCCGAUGGCCGGAACGUCCUGAGGAAACUGCCGCUUCACGAGGUGACUGAGCUGGUGACGAUGUCCACUCCGUGUGACGUCAGAGAAGACCCGACAACAAAUGUAACUAAGAUCUUGGUAGAAGAAGUUGAGCCGGGCACAGCGUUGGCUCGAUGGAACGUUUCAGAGAGGUACCCCUGUGAAUUAAGCAACGUGCUAGUUGCACAAACAAAUCUUAGGGACGGUUUGACAACCAGUUGGGAUGUUUCUUGGAACACGACUGUUUUCAACUUCACCGAUGUUGAACAUGAAGUCUCAUACCUGCUGGAGAUAUACCUCGUGACGCCAAGAAGCCAUAUCUACCUAUCUUACUUAAGGACGAUACUGUUACGAGGAAACGACGAGAUUCAAAACUUGACGGUCUCGCUGGUGACAGAAGAAGGGUUUUACCUGACCUGGAACGUCACAUCGUCUUUAGUGAUCGGGUAUCGAGUUACAUAUCAUCGGAUGGACAGCCAGGAAAUGGACCAGUUGUACGUGCAUCGCCCGGAAGUGCAUUUACGGGGACUGCUGCCAGGGGUCGAAUACAACGUGACGGUCACAGCCAUUACUGCAGAACUUGUGGGUAGCGCCGCUAGUCUCCAGCAAUACACUCUGUCUGUUGUGGAUCCCCCAAGUGAUUUCCACGUGGUAACCGUAACGGACCGUUCGGCUACCCUGAUGUGGGCGGCACCAGGUGGCGAGGUUGUCGCGUACGUGCUGGAGCUCAUACCGGCCGAUGCUCCAUCGGAAGCUGUAAACAUUUCCCUCAGCAACACGCUAACAAGCACGGAUGUGACAGGGCUGAUCCCUGUUCAUGGUUAUGUCGCCAAGCUCUAUGCCGUCGGUCCGGCUGGCGUUAGUGAGGUCACUACGUCGCUAUCCACACGAGCAAGACAUACUACAGAGAGCUUGAUGUCGGAUACAGCAUCAAUGGAUGACCUUAUGCAAGAGAGCGAUGAUGAUGUGGAGGUGCAAAGUGACGACGGGUUCGGAGACUUUGUACCACCAUCGAGUUACGAGUCGUGGGAAAGUGAAAAUCCCAAAGAAGAGUCUGACGUCAGCAGCAGUUCCGCUGAGGAGGGUGACGAUCUUCAUGAACAAGACCUGAGUCCUUCCGACACGGCCGACGACGAACAGCUACAGGCGGAUUUCCCACCGCUGAUGGUCGAGGGUCUCGCCAUCCCCUCCAUUGAUGCCGUGGAUGUCACUGACAUCGCCUCAACGGAUCCUGUGGCGCUUGUAAAAGCACUCGCUGCGGUAAUGCAACCGGAUUUGGAUGACCAUCCAGUUGCCGCUGACAGUACUGACAAAACAUUGAGCGAUAACGUGAGUAGAUACCUGGCCAGAACGUUUUCUGAACAGUUUCUUUCCUACCUCACUGUUCUGGACAACCUGAACGACGUACUUGGGAGCAAAUCAGGGACGACGCAAAACAUCAUGCGCACCAGUACAGAUGCGAUGUUACUUUCCGUUGGGCACCUCGUCUAUGAUGCACUUGCCCAGGCUGACGUCGAUCCUACCAGGAAUGAUGAUUUGUUGUCACCCGAAGAGCGAGCAGAUCAGGAGCGGGAGAAAAAAAGGGAAAGUGACCAAAAGAAAAGCGUCGUCGUUGGAGGAGGUCGUGAGGUACUAGACAACAUGGCGGACCGUCUGAGGAGACAGCUGACACCCGGCGGCCCCGGAGUACGGAUAGACUCCGACAGACUCAACCUGCAGGUACACAGAAUGCGUGGAAAGGAUCUGGCAGGUCAUCGGCUGAACGGCACACGCGUAAACGUCGUCUUUCCUCCUGCUGAAAAACUGUUCAAAGGGUUCGUGCCCAAGUACAUUGACACCAAGCUCAUCAGUUACCAUGCCAACCCUUUCACCUGGGGAAACAACUCAAACAUCAUCAACUCUGCCGUCCACGACAUCUCCUUGAUCCCAUCGACCAUGUCCAUUGGGGACAUCAAGGACGCAGAAGAUGACAUCCUGAUCACCAUUGCCACCAACGGAGAUCGCCCUUCCAGCGGACUGGUUCAUGGAGUGGAUUCCACGGGAAAUGAGAGCGUGGUGCAGCACGUGUUCAACAUUUCAGACGUAGAUGACGCGUUCAUCGUCCAAGUUACCGCCCUGAACAGGAGUUCCAGGAUAUCCGUGUUCGGGAGAGGAGGCGGACUGGCCCAUAGUAGAAACUGUGAAGUCUGUUUCCCGUGGCAGGACUGGAAACCGACAUUUUCUCCCAAUGGCUCACCCGAGCCUCGGUCUGUCGCGUUUUUUGUGUCGGGAAAGAAUCACACUGGAAAAUACGCGGUCGGAGUAGAAGUUGCUGAUUUGGAGGAUGUGUACCAAGAUGUAGUCGAAGACGGCGUAUUUGUUGUGGACCCCGCUGACAAGUCAGACGUAAAUGGGGCACAGUUCUACAGCCUGGAGGUUUGGCGUCUGAGCUGUCGUUACUGGGCGGAGGACACAGAGACCUGGCUACCGAACGGAUGUAGAGUCCACCCUACCUCCACCAUCACCGCGACUGUCUGCGCCUGCAACCACAUGACGGCGUUCGGGACUGGCUUCGUCACCGUACCGAACACGAUUGACCUGACCACCGUGUUCGACAAGUUCACGGACAUAGGGAACAACGCAGGGGUCCUCGCUACCGUUCUGACGUCAUUAGCCUUGUACUUAGUCGGGGUCAUGUUUCUCAGGAAGGUCGACAAAGCAGGUUUCAAGAAGUUGAUUGUCCAUGGCCUACCCGACAACCGCUCCACUGACAGGUACUAUUACAAGAUGUCCGUCUACACCAGUUACGCCAGAGGGUCUGGAACCAAGUCCAACGUGGGGUUUACAUUGCUUGGGGACAAGGGGAGUACCGGAGUCAGGGUGUUCAAGCAAGGCCCAGAGACCUUUCAGGCUGGCGGCGUGGACAUCUUCUUGCUCGCUGUUGAAGAAAGUCUGGGCGACCUUCUUCGGCUGCAAAUCUGGCACGACAACCAGGGGGGCAACGACAGGGCUUGGAAGUUAGAUAAAGUCAUCGUGCGAGAUUUGCAAUCAGGAGAAACAAACAGUUUCCUGUGUGACCAGUGGCUAUCGCUGGACCACGGGGAUGGUAGAAUCAGCCGGAUUCUUCCAGCUGCAACAGAACAAGAUUUGUCAUCCUUCCAUCUUUUCACCACAAAGGCCGUGAACGAUUUUAAAAAUGAGCACAUCUGGCUCUCCAUGUUGUUCUGUCCCAGUGGCAGCCAUUUCAGCCGGGUCCAGCGCCUCUCCUGUGGACUGUGUGUCGUUUACACCACCAUGAUUGCCAACGCCAUGUGGUACAGAACGGAGGACAACCUGCAGCAGAAUAACGUGGUGAAUCUUGGGGUAGUCUCCUUCACCCUUCACGAGUUAUACGUCAGCGCGAUGACGUCAUUGUGUGUCCUCCCCGUAAACGUGCUUCUCCUCCAGCUCUUCAGCCGGUGCAGAGAAAAGCAACAACCGGCCAAGAACGCCGUGAAUGUCGCAGAGAGGGAAGACAUCAGGUCUAUGCUGUUGAAAACCCGGUCUUCCUCUCGGUUUCUUCCCUACUGUUUUGUGUACGUGGCUUGGUCGAUCCUGGUCCUCAGCUGUGGCGUAUCGGCGUUUUUUACUAUUCUCUACAGCCUGGAAUGGGGAGCUGUGAAGGCAAACGCGUGGCUGAAGACGUUCCUGAUGUCCUUCGUUCAAGAUGUUCUUGUUGUGGAGCCAUUCAAGAUCCUGGCUGUCUCCGCCCUGGUCUCCUAUGUCUGUAAGAAAGUCGCGGUGUUAUCGACGCGGGAUGACGUCGUCCUAGAACACGCUGACGUGGAGGAUUCCAACCAAUCAGAGAGUCUGUUUGCCUGGGUAUCUCAAAGGGCGACCACGAGAGUGACCAAACAACAGUUGCGGCAAGUUCUGCUUAAGCAUGACCAAACGGAGAAAUCUCAAAAAGAGCGGCAGGAAAGAGAGGAGACCAGAAAAAAGACGGACAGUGUAAUUCAGGAGGUUGCCGGGUUCUUCGUGUUUGUGAUGAUUCUGCUUAUGUUGGUGAAUAGUGGCACAAACGUCUACUCUCACCACGCCUACAACACUAUAGGAGACCUCUUCCAGUCGGAUUUUGAUGAGGUCAGACCCUGUGACUCUUAUCGGCGGUACACAAGCCUUUACAUGAGUCAGAAAUGUAACAGCGGGAACUCCUUCUCAGACGAGGAAACGCGAGACUUUCUGCCCGGAUGGACCCCCCUCUCCUCCUCCAAUUCUUCGGAUGAUUUCUCCAAGCCAUCGCCCUGGACGUACCACCUCCCCGGGUCUGGUGACGAGCUCCCCGCGAUGGGAGCCAUUGCCACGUACGGCUCGGGAGGUUACGUUGCCGGAGUCGGCAGAAACAAAGCUGCUGCCCUCGCUGUCAUCGCUGACCUGAAGGAAGCCGGCUGGAUUGACCGCUAUACGCGCGCCGUCAUUGUCGAGUUCACGGUGUACAACGCCAAUGUCAACUUCUUCAGCACGAUGUCGUACAUGGUGGAGUUUCUCAACACGGGAGGGGCGGUGCCGUCCCACUCUGUGUGGACCUACCGCUUACAUCGGUUCGUCGGCACGGCUGGAUACAUCAUCAUGGCCCUGCACAUCCUGUAUGUGGUCUGUUUCCUGUACACGCUGUACAGGGAAGUAAGACUGAUGAAGGAACAAGGGAGAAGCUACUGCCUCCAACCGUGGAACCUUCUCGAGAUUGCCAACAUUUUGGUUUGUUUCGGCGCCGUUGCCGUUUUUGCUGUGGACUACAUAACGUCGAGGAAUACUUUGGACAAGCUUCCCCAUUACCAUUCAUCAAAAUUCAUCAGCUUCGACCAGGCCGUCUUGUGGAACCAGGCGUUUGUUUGGACGGUGGCCGCCGUCGCCUUCAUCAACAUCUUCAAGUUCCUUCGCCUCCUCCGCUUCAACCCGAUGUUGUCUGUGUUGAUGACGUCAAUGCGGCGCAUGGCGCCAGAGGUUACAGGCUUCGCCGUUUACUUCAGCGUCCUGUUUCUCUCCUUUGUGCAGCUGGGACAUUUGGUCUUUGGACUCAAAAUACAGGGAUACUCUACGAUAGUUGCCUCAGGGAAGAGUCUCUUCGUAUGUACCCUGGGGAAAUUUGAUUUCGAUGAAAUCUUAAGCACCAGCAGGAUCAUUGGGCCGCUGUUCCUGUACACCUAUCUGUGCAUCGUCUUCAUCGUCAUUAUCAACAUCCUGGUGGCCAUCAUCAACGAUGCACUCGUGGUGAUGAGAGGUUACACGCCGCCUCAGGAACAUCAGGAGAUCCUGCAGGAGCUGUGGAGGAGGCUGGCCAACUUCCUCGGUCUGACAAACUCUGAAAAUCAGGAGGAUGACAUGCUGGCAUCAGAACGACUGGAGGAUUGUCUGACUAGACUGGACCUUCUUGUACGGGCCAUGAAGGAGAGACGAGUCGCAGAGAACGUAAUGCGAAGGUACUAUGCCAUAAAAUGA